CCUCUACACGCACACAUUUACUUCCCUCACAUUUUCCCCCCUUUCUCUACCAUCAUUGGCCAAUCUUCAUUUUUCCCCUCACUACUUUCUUUGGCGCGUGAUGCCCGUCUAUCCUCCACCCCUACCCCCACUACCUCCAGUCCUCCACCUUCUCUUUUGUUUUAAAUCUGGAUUCCCUUCUCCCUCUAAUUGAACUUUUCUUUUACAUUUCCUGCUUUUUUUUCCAUUCACAAAAUCUUUCCGCGAACCUUCUUCUCUUCUCCCCCUAAAAAGUAAACACGACUUGUUCUUCUUCUUGUUUUGGCUUUACCCAUUUCACAAAUUUGAAGAAAUCAAACAUUUGACACAAAACUCACAAACAACCGUGUUUGUGUUUGUCUUUAAUGUUUUCCCCUCCUCCUCAUUCUUUCGCUAUGGCGUUCUGCCAUUAUAUUCAACAUCUUCAUUAUUAGUACAUACACAAAAUAUAUAUAUACACACACACAACAACAACAACACCAACAUUUAAUCCAAUCAAUUAAAAUUGAAAUUCCAUUUCCAUCCUAUCUAGUAUUUUACUAUCUCUCUCCUCUUACAAAUGAAUCCCCCACCACCGAGUUCGGAGCGUGCAAACCGACCUCGACGUCGUCCAGACUUAACCCUUCCCUUACCAAAACGAGACCCAUCUCUGGCUGUCCCCCUUCCUCUGCCACCCUCUUCUACAUCCACCUCUACCUCCAACUCAAACUCAAACUCAAACUCAAACCCCAACUCAAACCCUACCUCUAACCCGACCACUUUAAGUUUCUCGGAGCUAGAACGCAAGAAUCGGGUGGGUUCAGGCGCAGGAGGAACAGUAUACCAAGUAAUCCAUCGCCCAACUUCUCGGAUCUACGCUCUCAAAGUAAUUUAUGGCAACCACGAAGAGAUGGUGCGGCGUCAGAUCUGCCGAGAAAUCGAGAUUCUUCGAGACGUAGACAACCCUAACGUAGUCAAAUGUUUUGAUAUGUUCGACCACAACGGUGAGAUCCAAGUACUUUUAGAGUUUAUGGACCGUGGUUCUUUAGAAGCUAAACACAUCGAUGAUGAAACCUAUUUAGCUGAGAUCUCUCGACAGGUUCUUGCUGGUUUAGUCUAUCUUCACCGAAGAAGGAUUGUCCAUCGGGAUAUUAAACCGUCUAAUCUGCUAAUCAAUAGCAAGAAACAAGUCAAGAUUGCGGAUUUUGGUGUUAGUCGAAUCUUAGCACAGACCAUGGAUCCUUGCAAUUCUAGCGUUGGAACUAUUGCGUAUAUGAGUCCUGAAAGGAUUAAUACGGAUCUGAAUCAAGGGAUGUAUGAUGGAUAUGCGGGAGAUAUAUGGAGUUUUGGGGUUAGUAUAUUGGAAUUUUAUCUAGGGAGGUUUCCUUUUAAUGUGGGAAGACAAGGGGAUUGGGCUAGCUUGAUGUGUGCUAUAUGUAUGAGUUCUCCACCGGAAGCCCCGAUUUCGGCUUCCAGGGAGUUUAGGGAUUUUAUACGUUGUUGUUUACAGCGUGAGCCGGCUAAAAGGUGGACCGCAAUCAGAUUGUUAAGCCAUCCGUUUAUUGUUAUGAACACGGCCUCAGUGGCCGCCGCUGCGGCUGCUGGUGCUAAUCAGAUGACUACUCAGAAUCAGAACCAUCAGGUUCAUACUUCUUCUCUCAGACAAAUGUUACCUCCUCCCCUCCCUCAUUCUUGAUUUUUUUUUUUUUUUUUUUUGUUCAAUUGCAAUUUUUGUUUUUGUGUUUUUUCAAUGUAAUUUUAAUAUGAACAAGAAGAAGAUGGUGAUUGAUGGUGGUGGUAAAACAACCAUUAUAGAAUAUGAGCAGAGAAUUGUAGUUCUUGUUGAGAUUAUGAUCAAUUAUAAUAGAAUUAAUCAUCAAUUACUUA